AUGAGCUCGAUGGCUGAGGGCAAUGAGGUUUGGGCACGGGAGGACGAGCUGGACUUGGGCCAAGAAGAUGACGCCCGACCCGACCAUGACCACACCACGCCUUCCCCGCCGGAGCCACUCGAGGGGGAGUUGGACACAAUAGACGAUACACACGCUCACGCUUCCGAGAAGACGGUGGAACCGGCGGAUACCCAUGUCCCGGAUCUUCCACAAACCCCCCGGCGCAGCGCGCGGAUUGGGCAGCGACAGGCAGUGUGGAUGAGACAGCUUCCACGCCUGAUGACACACCGUCCUUGCAUGUCAGGAUCUAUUCCGUCUUCGCAGAGCAGCAGUGCUCUGGCCCUCCGAGGCUCUCCACGAGUCAGCCCCAGCCCAGCCCAUCGUCCCUUCGACCUUCGUUUUCAAUCCCGGCUUUCCUCAUCACCACUGAGUGCCACCCGGUCUGCCUCGCCAUUCCUCGCCCACCUCCAUUCUCGACAGUCCUCGAUCACCAGCCAGGUUUCCCCGACGCCAGAAUCGGACGCUGAGCCGCAACAAGGCCCGUGGGAUGUUGUGCGAUGGACGAAGCUGCGCAAGAUCACCGGAUCAGCUUUUUCGGAAAUCGGGAAGCGCAACUUUGGUCGACCGACAUGUCUAGCCGUCUCCACAACUAUUGUGGUCGGCACAUCAAAAGGGAUCAUCCUUGUGUUCGACUACCAGCAGAGUCUAAAGACCAUUAUUGGAACUGGGACAAAGGCUGUUGAAUGUGGAGCGAUAACUUCCCUGGCCCUUUCUGCCGACCAUUCCACUGUCGCUGGUGGCCACGACUCGGGCGAUAUCUUUACCUGGGAAAUUUCGCGGUCAGCGCGACCCUUUCUCCAUAUUCCGCCGAUCCCAGCAAAUCAGGUCGACACUCAAACUUCCGACGGCCAUUUAUCCGGAACCUCAGUCAUUCACAUCGGUUUUCUUGGGAGCAGGCGCACCGCGCUUGUGUCGGCGGAUAAGCGGGGAAUGGCAUUCUCGCACUUGGCAACACGGGGCAUGGGUGCGGUAGGGCGCGCAGUGAAGACAGUUCGAAUCCUGGGCCGCUACCCCCCAACAGUCUUGGAGGAGAAUCGGCCGCGGAAACCCAGCUCAGUUCUCGCUUUCUCUCCUCUCCCGCUCGGCAAUAUCGAACAGCCAACUGAUUCGCUGGGCCUGGUUGCUAUGUUGACACCAUAUCUCUUGGUAAUCGUGUCGACGACACCUGUAGCGCACACACAGCACAAAGCACCGCGGCCCAGGGAAGUGCCGGCCCACAGCGCCAUGACCGGGGCUCUGGCCUGGUUUCCGGCGAUCCGCUUGAAAGGCAAAGAUAGCCAGACGUCGAAUACGAAGCUUGCCUACUGCUGGUCAAACGUAUUGACCGUGCUGGAAGUCAUCGAGGCAGAGACCGAUGAGCCGAUCGAUCGAGACAAGCCCCCCAGCCUCAUCUUCAAAGCACGCAGCAGAUGGAAAGCGGAUGAAGCAAUUGUGGCAGUCCAGUGGCUGAGCCGUUCCGUACUGGCUAUUCUCACAAUCACGCAACAGCUGCUCAUCCUCGAGGACUAUUCCAUGCAUGUCACGGAUUCGAUCGAUCUCGCUAAUCGGCAUAUGUAUCAUGCCGAUCUCUUUUCAUCCCAGCUCCACACCCUCGUCGAGCAACUGGACGAGGAAGACACUUCGAUGCACGGUGUAGUGGCUGAUGCAUUUUAUAUGAGUUUCCGUGCGUAUAAAGGGCGUUUGUUUUUACUUGGCUAUAACGAGGCAUUGGUCGGCAGUCUCUCCAACUGGGCUGACAGGUUGCUUGCGCUCAUGGAGGCCGGUGAUUUCAUUGCCGCUAUUCGAUUAGCGACAGCCUUCUACAGUGGCCACGCGGAGAAGCUCACCGUUGGUCUCCCCGAGGAGGAUGCGUUGCGACAGCCAAUCGUUCAAGAGAAGCUUCUGGAGAUGAUCUCAGCAUCGCUCAAGUACGCGUUUGGCCGAAAUGCCGAAGCAAACAAUGGGCGCCUUGGCAACCAGCAGCUUGAGGAGCUGGCCGAUGUGUCGAUCGCGGCUUGUAUCUAUAUGGGAGACGAGGAGUUCCUUUGGGACGAGGUUUUCAAUUGGUAUGACGAGCAAGACUCUGCAGGGAUUUUCCUGAAUGCCCUCGAGCCACGCAUUGUCGAUGGAACUACCCGGUCACUUCCCCCGACCGCAGUCAAGGCCCUGAUCAACCAGUUCGUCAAAACCCACACAGCCGGCCGCUUGGAGGAGAUUAUCUGCCUCCUAGACACCACGACGAUGGAUAUCGAUCAGGUUACAACGCUAUGCAAGCAGCAUGACCUGUAUGAUGCCUAUAUAUACGUCUGGAACCGUUCUUUAGCGGACUACGUGAGUCCGCUGGAGGAGCUGCUGAGUCUUAUUCCCUCCUCGACCAAACCCCUGAUCAAUGGGGACUACGCCAUUGAGAUGAAACGGCACACGAAUGCCAUGAAAAUGUUCCCUUACCUGUCGUUUGCUCUCACGGGUCGCAUCUAUCCCACAGGGGACGAUAUGGAUGAAAUCGAGGCGUCGCGGGCCAAAACCGCCUUGUACCAAUAUAUUUUCUCGGGCCACCUGCCUAGCACUGGUUCUGGCGAUGUCUUCGACGCGGCCGAUUUUCUCUCUGGACUUCGGGCUAUGCUCAAGUUUGAUGCGUCAAGCUUCAUGAGUAUGCUUAACGAAGCCUUCGAGGACAGCUUCCUGAAUGAUCCCGAGUCCGAAGAGAAUGUCCCUACAGGAGUGUCAAUCAACCGACAAUACCUCAUCAGCAUUCUGCUUCAGGUCAUGAAUUCGUCGUUCUUCACCCCUUCUGAUACCAUUUACUUGGACAUGUUUGUUGCGCGCAACCUUCCCAAAUACCCCCAGUACAUUCUUCUUUCAGGCACGAUCCUUCAUCAGGUUCUUGUGCGGUUAUGCCAUUACCCUGAGCAAGACAUGACCGACGACUGCGAAUUAAGCGCCGAGUACUUGCUAUCAUUUUACCAUCCACCCGAUGUCCAGGAUUUGAUUCCCCGUUUCAAAGAGGCCCGCUUUUUCCGAAUUUUGAAGUCGACCUAUCGCUCAGAGAAACAAUAUCCUCAGUGGAUCAUGACGUACUUGGAAGACCCAAAUGACAGGGGGCUCUCUUUACCUCGCUGCAUGACUGUCUCCGGUCGGGAUCAUGCCCACGAAGUCGCUGCGAUUGACGUCAAGCAAGCUGCCCAAACAAUGCAAGAUUUAGCUCCUGAGACGCACGCUACUUUCCUUAGGGUGUUGAAGGAGGAUCCUUACCAGCAAUACCAGUAUCUGCUGGUGCUUGUCGAACACCAGGCUCAAAGCACAGAAGGGCAGUCUUCGCCAGCCGUUGAGAACUGGAUGAUCGAACGCUACGUGCAACUUUUGUGCAAAUACAAUCCGUCACAUGUGGCGGACUUUGUCGAUGGUCUCCGAGUCGGCGACAUCCAUCUCGACGAACUGCUUCCGUCAAUCGAGGAGAGCGGGGCGGUGGACGCUGCUGUCAUUUUGCUCGCCCGGCAAGGCCAAGUGCGAGCAGCAAUAGAUCGCCUUAUUGCGCAUUUGAGCACUCUGGAAUCGGGCUUAGUGGGGAUUCUCCAAAGCGUACGCGAGAGUCCUGACUCUGCUACGACUUCCGAAGCAAUCGACGAUCUCAUUGAGUCUCUCAAUAAGUAUGCCGGAGUCGGAACGUGGCUCUGUCAGGGCCAGAGCAAGACCAAGCAGCCGAAGAAUGGCCGCAUGAACGGUCAACGUGGUCUGCCGGCGCUCGACCAGCCCCUCGCAUUCGACGAGGCCCUUUGGCUUGAUCUGAUCGAGGCGGUGGUUCGCAUCGCAAGCAAUGUCUUUGCAUUCAUGCGCGACAACGAGGCCCAGGUCACCGAGCCAUCCCACACUGACAUGAUUUUCGGAGGCGACUCUGGCCGGUUGACGACUUCUUUUCGGAGGUUGGUCCAGCAAAUCUUUACCGCCCUUUUGGCCAGCACUGUGAAAGGCGGCAGUCUUGCGACAGCCGAGCGUACCGACAUGCCCUUCCUUCGUAUUCUCCGCGCAUUCCUCACUCGCGCCGCCACCUGGUCGCCAUCCCUUCUGGAGCUGCGGGCGGUUCUCGCCUCGAUCUUCUCCGCUUACUCAUACGAAAGAUCGCUUCUGGCCCUGGCAAACGGCAUGCUGGACCGCGAUCUGUUCGUGCACGUGGACGAAGUCACUCGUCUCCGCCAGCAAGGGUGGCGUCCUCGCGGCCACGUUUGUGAAAUCUGCCACCGGCGCAUCUGGGGCCCUAGCGUGGGAGACUCGUAUUGGUCGGCGUGGAAGAAGCAACAAAGCGACGAGCACCAGCGUCGCAUUGCCAAACGUCUUGAGACGGGCCAGGGCCCAGCCACGGAGCAGGGCAAGGGCAAAGCAGCAGCUGUGGGCCAUCAUCUCGUGGACCGGCCAGCCGCUUCCCAUGUGUCUGGCGACCACGAGCUGGCCGACGGGGGUGUCGAGCCUGGGUUGGAGAUGGUCUCGGCCGUUUCCCCGGGACCCGUGCUUGUUUUCGCCUGUCGGCAUCUGUACCAUCGGCAGUGCGUGAUGGAUGCCAUCCAUGUCCCUGGUCGUCCCACCGAGAUGUCCUCACGGCAUGAGCAUCCCCUCCGCGACUGGUCCGGGGCGGAUCUUUUCUGUCCGACAUGUACAUAA